CGGCGCGGGGCCUGCCCGGCAUGGGCCAGCCGCGGCCUGGCGGGGCCGAGCCGGCGGGGGGAGCGCGGGGCCGGGCCUGCGGGGCGGGCGGCCCGCCCGGGGGCUGAGGGAGAAGUGGGCGCGGAGGAAGGGGCCGAGCCUCGGCGGUGGGUGGAGCGGCGAGGGGGCGGGGGCUGGGCCGCGGUGCAGCGGAGCGGGCGCCUGUCCGGAGCGCGGCGGCGGCGCCGGAGGAGGCGGAGGCGGCCCUGACGAGCGCCCGGAGGUGGCGGCCGAGGCGCCGGGGGCCCCAUGGGCGGGUGUGUGGGCGCCCAGCACGACUCCUCGGGCAGCCUCAACGAGAACUCGGAGGGCACCGGAGGUAGUUGCUUUAGGUCGCAACCAGCCUUUGAAAAAGGAGAAACCCAAAUGGAAAAGCGAUUACCCCAUGACAGAUGGACAGCUGCGCAGCAAAAGGGAUGAAUUUUGGGAUACUGCACCAGCUUUUGAAGGCCGUAAAGAGAUUUGGGAUGCCUUGAAGGCUGCAGCGCAUGCUUUUGAGAGCAAUGAUCAUGAACUGGCACAAGCAAUCAUCGAUGGUGCAAACAUAACGUUACCACACGGUUCACUUACAGAGUGCUACGAUGAACUGGGAAACAGAUACCAGCUUCCAGUCUAUUGCCUGGCACCACCUAUCAACAUGAUAGAGGAAAAGAGCGACAUAGAGACUCUGGAUAUUCCUGAGCCACCUCCUAAUUCUGGAUAUGAAUGUCAGCUCCGUUUGCGCCUUUCCACUGGCAAAGACCUCAAGCUUGUAGUGCGCAGCACAGACACAGUGUACCACAUGAAGAGGCGGCUCCACACAGCAGAGGGAGUGGAGCCGAGCAGUCAGCGGUGGUUCUUUUCUGGCAGACCUCUCACCGACAAGAUGAAGUUAGAAGAGCUGAAGAUCCCAAAGGACUACGUUGUACAGGUUAUAAUGAGCCAACCUUUGCAAAACCCAGCACCAGUUGAGAACUGAUCUGGUCCUAUUGGCUGGUCCCCAGGUCCCUCCCGCUCCUUUGUAUUGUUGUUUCCUACUCCAUGGCGUGAAAUUUAUUUUCACUGCUCUGAAUUCCGUAUAAUGGAUUUCGUUCUGAGGAAUUACCAGUGAAAAUUCCAUCUGUGAUGGAGACCAACAAAAAUAAUUAAUAAAACACAAAGAGCUAGCA